UCUUUCCCUUUCCGGGUGCGGGUCCCCGGGGCGGCGCGGCGGCGGCGGGCGCGGGCCAUGGCGGAGCUGGCGCAGGGGCAGAGCGCAGCGCCCGUGGGGAUCAAGCCCGAGGGGUUCGUGGACGCGCUGCACCGGGUCCGGCAGAUUGCUGCUAAAAUUGGAGAUAUUCCUCACUUGAAUAAUUCUACAACACUUGUGGACCCGUCAGUCUACGGUUAUGGAGUGCAGAAACGGCCCCUGGAUGAUGGAGGUCUCCGUGUAAGUGGGCUCCAUGGAGCACAGAUAAGAGACACAGAGAGAAUAGGUAACCAGUUAGGGGCCCUGGUACAUCAAAGAGCUGUAAUAACAGAAGAGUUCAAAGUGCCUGAUAAAAUGGUUGGAUUUAUAAUCGGCAGGGGAGGAGAACAGAUCUCACGGAUUCAGGCAGAGUCUGGCUGCAAAAUUCAAAUUGCUCCAGACAGUGGUGGGAUGCCCGAGAGGCCCUGUGUACUCACUGGGACACCAGAGAGCAUUGAACAAGCAAAACGGCUACUGGGGCAGAUUGUAGAUCGCUGUCGGAACGGACCUGGUUUUCACAACGAUGUUGAUGGCAACAGUACGAUUCAGGAGAUUUUGAUCCCGGCAUCCAAAGUGGGUCUAGUCAUCGGCAAAGGAGGUGAAACAAUAAAACAGUUGCAGGAGCGAACAGGUGUGAAAAUGAUUAUGAUCCAAGAUGGUCCAUUGCCUACUGGAGCAGAUAAACCUCUCCGUAUUACUGGAGAUGCAUUUAAAGUACAGCAAGCGAGGGAAAUGGUACUGGAGAUCAUCCGAGAGAAAGAUCAGGCAGACUUCCGAGGCGUACGCAAUGAUUUCAGUUCUAGAAUGGGAGGAGGCAGCAUAGAGGUCUCUGUGCCCAGGUUUGCUGUUGGAAUUGUGAUAGGAAGAAAUGGAGAAAUGAUCAAAAAGAUUCAGAAUGAUGCUGGAGUUAGGAUUCAAUUUAAACCAGAUGAUGGGAUUAGUUCUGAAAGAGUCGCACAGGUCAUGGGGCUUCCUGAUAGGUGUCAACACGCAGCACACAUCAUCAGUGAGCUCAUUCUCACAGCACAGGAACGAGAUGGGUUUGGAAGCUUGGCUGUCGCCCGAGGAAGAGGUCGUGGCCGUGGGGACUGGAGUGUUGGGACACCUGGAGGCAUGCAGGAGAUAACCUACACGGUGCCAGCUGAUAAGUGUGGUCUCGUUAUAGGCAAAGGUGGUGAGAACAUCAAGAGCAUAAAUCAGCAGUCGGGAGCUCAUGUGGAGCUCCAGAGAAACCCACCUCCAAACACAGACCCCGGUGUACGAAUAUUCACAAUCCGAGGAGUUCCCCAGCAAAUUGAGCUCGCUAGACAUCUCAUAGAUGAGAAAGUUGGUGGUACCAGCAUGGGUGGACCUGGAGGAUUUGGUCAAAGCCCGUUCAGCCAAGCACCCGCUACACCUCAUCAAAAUGGUCCUCAGGCGUUCAUGACGCAGGGUUGGGGCAGUACCUACCAGACGUGGCAGCAGCCUGGACAGCAAGUCCCAAGUCAUGCUGCCAGUGCUGCUUCUCAGGCAAGUUCCCAACCGGACUACACAAUGGCUUGGGCAGAGUAUUACAGACAGCAGGCUGCUUACUACGGGCAGACACUAGGGCAGGCUCAGGCCCACAGCCAGGAGCAGUAGAACAAGGUCCUCGUGGCAAUUCUAUUUGGGUUUUGUUUUUUUCGUUUUUUUUCUUUGGAAUCAUUGUGGAAGAAAACCUUUUUGUAACAGAGGUUUCUAGAUUUGCAACAUUUUGAUGAAGACUUUUCUGUUUGUGAAACACUAGUUGUAGGAUAAUCUAUACUGAACUUUUCUAAGAAUCAGGAGCAAUUAGUCACGUACUAAAACUCAUGGACACGCUGGUAAUUUUUUUUUUUUGUUUGUUUCCAAAUUUGUUUGAAAGCUAAAAGAAAUAAUAAGAAUAAAUAAUAAUAAACCUCCGGGAUUCUUUUUGGAGAGAAGCCAGAGAAUUUGCCGGCACCAAAACGCACCCCAGAGCUGUGACAUUUCAACAUGUGGCUUUUUUUUGUGUGUGUGUGUUUUCAUUUUGUUGGGGUUGGUUGGGUUUUUUCCCCCCCCCCUCCCUUUCCCUCUUCCUCCUUUUUAAUUCUCAAUCUUUUCUGUUGCGACAGAAAGAGUGGCUUGGAAGUCUUAGGUGGUAUGUAACAAAUCCUAAAAAAAAACCAAGAAAAAAAGACUAAAAAAAAAAAAAGGUUUUAAACAGUAUUUAAAUAUUCUUAAAUAUGUAAAUUCAUUAAAUGUUUUACUUCUAAUUCCUUGUACUUUGGCUGUCUUUUGAUUUUUAUUGCAUUUGUUUUUUUUGUUUAAGGACUAUGUAUUGUAAUUAAUGAUGUGAAUUCUGUCUUGAGACAGUGACUGUUUUGCUGUCAGGCAAGUGACGGGCUGGGGCGGGCGGGAAACGUUUUGUAGGGUUUGUAUAAUUUCUAAGACUCUAAAGGGGUAAUAUAAAACGGUGUUGAUUUUGUAGCAGUCCAGUUCCUCCUCUCGUUGCAUUUCUGGCUCUAAGACCUCCAAGCUUGUUUUAAAAAAAAAAAAACCCUAAAAAAAACCAAAAAAAAAAAAAAAAAAAAAAAAAAAAAAAGAAAUAAAAAAAAAAAAAAAAACUUUCCUCUAUGCUCAGAAAUAUAAAUACUGUUAUUUUUAAUAUUAAAAGGAAUCUGCUAUUAGUACCUUUAACAAACACUGUGGAACCUGAAAAAGAAAAAAGAAACCCUAUAAAAGGUAGUAACUAUUUUUUAAUUCCAAGGUGGGUUUUGGGUUGGUUUUUUUGUUGGUUUUUUUUUUUUGCUUUUUUCAGUUCUUUUAAAUAUUUUCUUAUCUAAUAUUUGUCAGAUUACCUAGAGAAAUAAAUGAAUCUAGUAUUAACCACAGUACGCGCUGAGUAACUUUGAUUUAAUAAAAGGGAUAAUAUGAUUUUUCCGAUGUUUACUGUAGUGUUUCUUGUACAGAUAACAGUGUAUUUUUAAAGGAGAAACGGAAUUGAAGCUAUUUUUUCUUGCCUUUUUAAUUGCCCCGCGGGACAUUCCGUUUUUGCAAUGUACUGAAGUUACUGUUCUUGGGUUCUUUCCUGUAUUAUUUGUUUUCCUUAUGCUUGAAAUGUCUAACUAUAAAAAAAACAAAACACACAAAAACCUGCGAUUGGAUAAUGUUGAGCAUGGUGUUUAAAAACAAAAAGUGUUCUUUUUAUUUGACUGACAGUUGCAUUUUACACUCUAUAUAAUAAAAUUUCCACAAGGUGUCUUGUGGCUGAAGUA